GCUUUUAGCUACCGUUUGCUGGUGGUUAGCUUAGGUUGUGAAGUUGCAGCUUGCAGUCCAAAGUUUAGUUAAACUCGACCACGGAAGACGUGAAGACAUGGAAAGCGGAGAGGACUGUCUGUCACCUCCGCACUCCGAGAACAAGGAACAGACGGCGCCCCGCGGCUCGCAGGUCCGGCAGCUGUGUCGUUUCUAUUCCCAAGGGAGGUUCUGUCAGUUCGGGAAGAGAUGUCGGUUCCUUCAUCAGAGAACGGAGGCCAGGCAGGCCCUAAAAGUUGUGGAAAACAGAGCCGACGCGGCAGCAGAAUCGGACAGACACGCCGACGGUCAUACCGAGGUCUCCAAAGCGGACGGCGGCGCUUCUGAGAACUUUGCGGACGUGGGUCGCGCAUCGAGCCCCGGCGCCAGGACUGCUCUGGCCAGGAGAGAGAGAGCCAAACGCCCCUGCCGCUACUUCUUAUCUGGGUACUGCGCCAUGGAGGACAGGUGCCACUUCUGGCACCCAGAGCAGCUUCCCCCUCUAGAAGACCAGCCAAGACCCAGGAACAGGGGCGCACCGGCGGCCAGGGUGCCCGUGGCGCGCCCCAUCACCGUUCAGGACGUGGUGAAAAUGAGCGAGCUCACGCCAGACAUCGCUAAGCAGCUGCGAUACACCGAGAUAACCCAGCUGGUGAAGCGCAUUCCCAAAAACCAGCUGAUCGUGCAGGAACGGGAAGACGGCCAACUGACUUACUACCGAAUCGCCGUACAGCCCACAGAUCCCGACUGGCCUUUUGACUUGAGAGAAAUUGACAUCAUGGUCAGUUUCCCAGAGAGGUAUCCCCAAGAGGUCUUCACCGUGGACGUUCCAGUGGACCAAGAUCUGCCAGCUGUAAUGGGGAGACAUGUUCAGCAAGCAGCGCAGGAGUGGUUGCAGGCCAAGCAGGCAACCAAUGAGCUGAUGGGGAAGGUAGAGCUACUGUUCCGGCCCUUCCUCCGCUGGCUGGACCGUAACCUGGAGAGGCUCUUCACUGAAGGAGCUCGGCAGCUGAAGAAAGACCUUGACGCAGAGCGAUCGGGGAUCCAGUUUGUUCCUUACCAGCAGCUCCAGGCAGCGGUGAACGAGGAGGGAAGCUCAGAGGCUGAGGCCACUGCAGACCACGAUGCGCCAGGCAGCUGCAGCGCCUCAGAUGAGGAGCAGGAGGAGGGCGAGGAGGAGGAAGAGCCAGGUGGACAGGAAGGGGAAGCGGUGGAGGAGGAGGAGGAGGAGGAGGAGGAGGAGGGUGGUCGGCCGGUGGAGAAUGUGAAGAGCAGUGAGCCGCGGAGGGGCACAGAGGUGAAGCUUCAGGGCCUGGAGCUGGGGGAGGAGACGGCCACUGUGGUGGCCAAGCAGAUCACCGUGACACUGCAGUGCAGCAGGUGUAAAGUGACGGCGGACCUGACCCUUGCGGGGCCUCUGCCCUGCACCGCGCAGUGUGAGAAGUGCAGUUCCGGAAUCUCCGCCACAUUCCGUCCCAGCAUGCUCCACCGCUACUGCAGCGUGCUGGGAUACCUGGACCUCCACGGCGCCGUCCCGGUGGACCUGGUCCUGCAGGACUGUGAGCUGGAGGUGGGCUGUCUCAGCUGCUCUAAGGAGGGGCCCCUGCAGAGCCUGUCCUAUGGCCAGCGCAAGGAGGUGAACUGCCAACACUGUCACACCAAGCUCAGCCUCUUAGCGGAAAGCACACGGUUCCAGUAUAUCCAGCCUCGGUCCAGAGAUCUAGCAGGGCGGGGAAACGCCACGCAGAACAGAGGGGGGCGCUAUCCCAGAGAUCCCGCCAUACAGCGAGGGAAACCGCUCCCUGAGAAGGGCACAUGCAAGCACUAUAGACAGAGUCAGCGCUGGCUGAGGUUCUCGUGCUGUGGCCGGGCGUACCCCUGUGAUGUGUGUCACGACGAGGAUCAGGACCACCCCAUGGAGAUGGCCACCAGGAUGAUCUGUGGCCACUGUGCCAAGGAGCAGGCGUACAGCAACGGGAAGCCCUGCAUCAGCUGCGCGGGCAUGAUGACCCGGGGAGCACACACCAGCCACUGGGAGGGAGGGCAGGGCUGCCGCAACAGAGUCAAAAUGAACAGAAAUGAUCGGCAGAAGUAUGCCAACACGAGUAAAACGGUGUCACGAAAAGCAAAUGAGAAGAAGUGACUGGAGAGAAGCUGCUGAUUUCACUCGUGCUGUGAAGCGCGAUUCGUCUGCAUCUAAUUCAACGACCAAAUUUACUGCUGCUUUUGUAGCCGAGAUCACCUGACUGAAGCUGUCAAAACAACGAUUAUGUCAUGUGGUCCUCUGGAAUCAGUUUAAUCUGUUCGCUCUUUCAAAUAUGAUGUCACAGAGUACUUUUGUUACCAUAAAAUCACAAGGUUACAAUUGAACAUAUAAUAUGAACAUUGGCCAGAACGUUUCUUCAGCUAGGCUGUAAUCCGGUGUGUGUGAAAGAGAUACUGUUUUCUUGAUUACUGCAUUUUUUGGUUCGCAAAUAUUUUUCAGCUCAAUAUUUUUUUUCAGUACGCUUUGAAGAGUGUUGCCAGGGAACAUUGUGUUGAAACUGUAAUUGGAAGACAACUGGCAUCUUAAGAGACUCUAAUCAUCUAAUUUUCAAGCACAGUUAAUUAGAACUAUUGAGACAUUUCUGGUCCUAUUGCCGACACUGCUCUGUUUCAGAAAAUGCAUGAAUAAAAUCAGUUUAAUCU